CGUCGAAAGGGUGGCCGUGGCAUUGUUUUGGUCAUCGACCCUGACUUAAUCACUCGAAUACUGUCAAGGGCUAAAUGACUUUUUAUCGAUGCAGAUCGGACAUGGUUCUAUCUUCUCCAUUCCCGAUGACGGAUAUUUCCAAAGGCAUACGGGGAACCUUGAUGGACAUUGAGGGCAUCCCCAAGUUAUUCACUGCUCUUCUGCAUGUGCUAUCGUGCCUCCAAGGAUCACAGCCUAUUAUUCCCCCAGGUUGUCAGUUUCUGGACUGGUCAAUCAACCGGGAACAGAUUCGAGAAGUUGUCAAAGACUCGUCUCUUUCUACAAGCUCAAUCCUCAGGGACCUUCAUGCAUGUAUUACGGAUUCAUCAUCUCCUUCCGACUUGGAUCGCGAGUGAUGAUGCCGACAUCAGUGAAUUUGAUGUUGGGUUCUCACUAACACUCCCGUUAUGCUCGACACAAGGCUGGACUGUCGAGCUCAAGAUUCCCAGACCUCCUCUGACCUGGGGUGUGAUGGCCAAGUGGUGCUGCGUGCUUUGCGGAACUAUCUCAUGGGCGAAGAUUAUCACAUCACCUUCCCCUUGAUCUUUCUCAAAAACAUUAUGGACCCAAGGGAACAUGUACCUCCGAAAACACCGAACAAUUGUGGACCUCUGUCCUGGCAGGAGGUU